AUGUACAACUCCAAUAAUAAUAAUCAAGAUCUAUCGAGCUCAACAGAAACUCAUCAAGAUGAAAAUCAAAUAAACUCAAAAAUUUUCGAAAACUGCGCUUUUGUUUUUGACAAAACCAUUAACCUCAAAAGAAAAAAUCAGUUAAUUAAAAUUAUUAAAAAGAAUGGAGGCAAAAGCUGCUACUCAUGCACAAAGGCCACUCAUUUAAUCACCACUAAAGAAGGCUAUUUAGAGAAGACCCAAAAAGUUGAACAAGCUCUUUCUUUGGGUAUCCCAAUUUUGGUUAAAGAAUUUGUCCAUGAGUGUGUAUUAAAAAAAGAAUUAAUUCCUGUUGAAACCUUUUUAGUAUCAUUCUUAACAUCUAAUGUAUCUAUUUUAUCCUCAUCACAAGAGCUAGAGGUAAAAUCAAAUGAUGUAUAUAAAAAUAUGCUUUCACCCGUUAAUAAAGUUAAUCUUGAUGAUAAUACAGCAACAACAACCGAAACUACAAAAAAUAGCUCGCCAAUCAUCUCUUUGAUUGCUUUAGAAGAAAUAAAUGGUAAUAGUGCUAAUACAGCUCAAUGCAAUCAACAAUUUUUAGAAGCCGAAAAUCAAGCACUAAAAGAUAAAAUCAAAGAGAUUGAAUAUGAAUUUAAAUGCUAUAAAAUUGAAAAGGAGAAUUUAGAAAUAGAAAAAGAUUUAGAAAUAAAAAAAUUAAAAGAAGGUCAAAGAUAUAAUAGUACAGUCAAAGAAUCACUCUUAAGAGAUCUCGAGAAUAGAUGUAAAGAGGUUAUUGAUUUAGAAUUUAUAUUAGAAGAAUAUCAAGCUCGUAAUGCUAAACUUACAGACCGUUUGAAAAGUUCCAAUAAACCAGAUGGAAAUGAUGAAGAGAAAAAAAUAAUCCAAACAAAACUCGACCAAAUGACCACAUUAAAAAUUCAAUUAGAUAAUGAAAAUACUCAACUCAAUUCUGAAAUUGAAGGAUUAAAAAAAUUACACUCCCUCGGAGGCCAUCAUAUUUUUGGUUUAGAAAAUAAUAUAUCAAGUAAUCAAGAGAGUCAAUCUAAAAUACCAAUUAAUCAUCAAUCUAAAAUACCAAUUAAUAAUCAAAACCAAACAAUACUAAAUGAAGGUAUUAAAAAUGAGCUCGAAGGAGUUAAAUCAAAAAAAUCUGAAAAGUUGGGUGCUCGUAUUGCAAGAUUUUUUAGAUGUGGUAGAAGUAAUAGUGGUAGUGCUAAAUUAGAAUCAAACAAUUCAAAUAAAUCCUCAACUAGUAAACUACCAUCUUCAUCAUUAUCAAAUAAUUCAACAUCACCAUCAACAUUUUAUAAAAAUAACAACACCUCACCAUUGGUACCUCCACCACAUUUACCACCAUUACCAGCUUGGAGAUAUAAAUAUAUCUCUUUAGUUCUACCAAAUUCACUUGCCAAACCAUCUUCUGGAGUACAGAACUUGUAA